AUUUCGUGAGCGCACUCCAAUUGGCAGCAUCUUCACUACAGCGCCGGCGCGUCAUCCUCGCUUCACAUCGACGGAACGAGUUGUAAGCAAAUGAGAACAUGUGUGGGAUCUGAGAGUGGGGAGAGACGCGAGAGGCUAGAGGAGGUGUGAUAAAAGCCUAUUUUAUCAACGUGACAAGUGGAUACGAGCUCUCACUGUUGGACUGUAUAUGUGUGCGUUUUGGAGACUGGGGAAUUUAUCGAUUCGUCACAUGCGCACGCCUCUUCAUUAUAAUUGCAGACAGUUGGGUGCUGUUCAGGCUGAAUGGACUUGAAUGUGGCGCUGCCAGCUUAAUCCGUGCAGACUGGAAGAUUUAAUAAUUCACGGUAAUCACGCAUUAUCGCCUCAGUGGAUGCUCUCCACACUGCCCGGCUUGUGAUUUUCUCCUCUUUACCCUUUCCAUCGUUGUUGCACCAUUCUUCUUGGGGAUUUUUCGACGACUAUGCCCCAUAUCUGAAUUAUCAUCUGUUGCUGCAAGUGGAUUUAAAAGGCACACAUGCCUGGCGCCCGCUCAUUCUGACAGGUGACUUUAAAUUGCGCGUAAAAUGGACGAAAAAUUAUUAUUACUUUUACUACUUCUUCUGUCUUUACACGCGAAGCUGUGAUUUUUUUGUCAUUCUUUCCACUAUUUAAAUUUAACCGGUAUAUUGUUUGAGUGACAGUGUGGAGAGAGUGGGAGCCGUGGAGGAAUCCAAUUUUCCCUUUAUUUCAUCUAUCCCGUUCUCGUUGAAGGAUAAAUGUUGAUGAUGGAGGACGACGAAUUGGACGCUCAUCAGGUUGAUUCGGAUUUUGAGCCGCAAAGUCGGCCUCGCUCUUGCACUUGGCCGCUGCCGUGCCCGGAGGAUUUCCCGACAGGACACGAGGUCAGAGGGGGUCUUCCUCUGGCGAACAUCAAGGUAGAACCGGAGGACAUACCGGCAUGCAGGGGAGGAAUUACGCCGGUGGAGCUCAAGCACCCGGCUACUGGCGCGACGCACCCCUGUCUGGCUGAUGUGAGCGGACCGCUGCGCAAAGCCAAAUCCUCGCGGCGGAACGCGUGGGGGAACCAGUCCUACGCGGAUCUCAUUACACGCGCCAUUGAGAGCACCCCGGAAAAGAGACUCACGCUGUCACAGAUCUACGACUGGAUGGUCCGCUAUGUGCCCUACUUCAAGGAUAAGGGCGACAGUAACAGCUCUGCUGGCUGGAAGAACUCUAUCCGGCACAACCUGUCCCUCCACACACGGUUCAUCCGAGUCCAGAAUGAAGGAACAGGCAAGAGCUCAUGGUGGAUGCUGAAUCCAGACGGAGGGAAGAUGGGCAAAGCUCCACGUCGCCGGGCCGUCUCCAUGGACAACAGCACCAAAUACCUGAAGAGCAAAGGCCGCAUCCGGGGCAAAAGAGUGGGCCGCCCUGGUAUUGGAGCUGCUGUGGUGGGACUCCAAGGAUCACCUGACCAUGGCAGUCCUCCUCGGAAAGUUCUUCAGGGGUCAGCGGUCACUUCUACAGACGGGGAAUUUGAUGCCUGGACAGACCUCCACUCCAGAGCCAGUUCAUCAGCGUCUACAUUAAGUGGACGCUUGUCGCCUAUUCUGGCAGAAGGAGAGGCAGGAGAACCAGAGGAGGGGGUGCUGUCUUGUUCCACUUCCCCGCACCUUUACCCCUCACCAACCAGUGCCCGCUCUCCAUCAAUGGGUGCUGGAAACCACUGUCCGUCCUUGGAGCAGUUACCACAGCUUGCCAGUCUAACGGGUGCCAUCAGCCUGGAUGAGCAGCUAAUGGACGAUUACCAUCACCACCAUUCGCAGCAGCACCACUCUUCUGUUGGGCGGCACAAGCACCAAAGCCCAGUCUAUCACUACAGCUCUGCGGUGAAGGGCUCUUACAGUGCUGGUGUUUAUGGAGGCACUGGAAUGGGCAUGUUGCGGCACCAUUCACCCAUGCAGACCAUUCAGGAGAACAAGCCCGCUAGCUUUUCUGGAACGAUGCGGACGUACUCCAGCACAAAUGCGCUUCAAAGCCUGCUAACGUCGAAUGGGCAGUACUGCUCCAAGGACAUGAUGUUGGGACAGGAGAGAGAGAGCCACUCCAUGAUGAGCCAAACUAGUAACGGGAUAGGCUCCAACCAUCACAAUCACCACAGUGGUCACCUCAACGGCCACAGUCACAACCACAACGGACCUCAUAGCCAUAGCAGAACUCACAGCCAUACACCCAACCACAACCACAGCUCACCUCACAGCCUGGCCCACAAUGGUCACGGGCUGAGCCAGAGCCACACGCCGCCUCGGGCACAAGCUCUGACCCCCAGAGGCAACAACAAUCAGCUGCACACCUACAACCACAAAGCCCCAUACUUGUACAGCCCCCCAUCACACGCACACCUCCCAGCCACCACCACACUCCCUCCUAACCCCGCAGGCAUGCUCGGUAUGCCCCAGGACUCCUGCCAUGUGGCUGCUGCCCCUCAUCCACGUCACAGUCAUUAUCCGGACCCUCAGCAUCAAGGCAUUUCUAAUGGACAGUACCACCAUGGCCAGGGCAUGGGGGGCAGUGGGAACGGCAGCUACCAUAACUAUGACCAACACCUCCCACACGAGAGACUACCAGCAGACCUGGACAUUGACAUGUUCCAUGGGAGUCUAGACUGUGAUGUGGAGUCCAUUCUUCUCCAUGACAUCAUGGACUCUGGGGAGGAGAUGGACUUUAACUUUGACUGCUCUCUGGCCCAGGGCGUGGGCAUUGGGAUGGGCAUGGGGAUGGGUGUGACUAUGGGGAUGGGCAUGAGCGGACUGGGUGGGCCACAACAAGCUCACAGUAACCAGAGCUGGGUGCCUGGUUAAAGUUAAGGAUACGGCAUUGUAACCAUGUUUGUUACCCAUAUCGCACUGUGCUUAACUCUGACAUUCUUGACUAGAGGACCAAUACCCUGAUAUCCUGACAGCUCUUCGGUUGCUCCUCCUCUGUUACCUCCUUUUCCCCUUUGAGAGAUCUAGUUCAUGUCACAUUAAGUUUUUCCUUAGAUCAGCUAUACUGUGAUGACAAUCUCUCAGCUGUGCUUGCCCAACUUUGUUUCUCAUCUGCCAUGAGAACUAAAUUCUCAAUGCACUUUACUGCAAGUGGGUCACAUCUCCCAGUGCUUUGCUUCCUCUGAGUGCUCAGGCAGACUUUGGCAUGUUCUGUAUGGUGGCUGUAGUCUUUGACAGGAACAAAUGAGGAAAUCACAAGCUCCAUUGAAAAAGUGUCACAACUUGGCAUCAAAUUAAAAUUAGAUUUUUUUUUUUCUCCUUAUAUGCAACCACUGGCAACCAGGUGACAUGUUUUUGUCUUGUUCAAAAAAACAAAACAACUACCUGAUAUUUAGUUAUACACUUUAUAUUUCACAAGAAUUAACUUUCUUGUUUCAAAUGGCAAUCCCACUUAUUAAAAUCUUACUUGAGUGUUUUUAUGAUCCUCAGUCUUUAGAACCUUGACUUUUCUCUAAAAUCUGGUAUUUUGUUAAAGUUCUCUUGCCCUCCAUAAUAGAAUGUUGUCACCAUAUCAUUAAAUAAAGUCUAUCAUUACUGGCGAGCAUGCAAUUUGGCAAAUUAAAAUGUCAUAUCCUCUUGUUUCACCUGGGCUUUUUGCACUAGCUUUUUCUCAUCCUCUCCCCCCUCUGUCCUCUCUCUCUCCUCCUGCCACUGAAGACAAAGUAACCAUUCUUCACACUAAGCCAUUAAUGUGGCUUGAUUGAAAUUCAGCAUCUUGCUUUUAAUCUGCAAAGUGAUGCUGCAGCGAUGCGUCAUUAUUGAGAAUCUAACGCAUUGUCCUCUCAUCUCUCACCCCUGGCUGUCCGUGCCGGUGCUCGCCUCUCUCACUGAAUGUGCCAAGAAAGUGAGACAAAACUGUGAUUAACGCCAAGUCGCCUCGCUGCCUGCCACUGCGCUCUGAGGAGGCCAAUGUCACUGUCCACUUGCUGAUAGCAAAGGGUACAGAAUAAAACAUGGAAGAUAGAAGAGUGCUGCCAGUCUUUUUUCGUGCUGUUGUGUCAGAAAAUAGAUAGUAUGGCAUUGAAAUCCAUUGCUUUCAGUAUCUGUAUUUUGUGUUCUUAUGUUCAAGUGGACAAGUUUGGGGAUUAAUCAAAGAUGCAAAAAAGAGGAAACAAUCAAAUCUGAGGAGCCACUUACAUGAUGAUAGUUGUUUGAAAAUUAAAGGGAUUUUGUUUUUUUGUUUUUCCUGAAAACUGCUUCAAUCCGGUUUGUGAUUGGCUGUUAGGAUUUGGAUUUUAUAACACAUGUCCAGUACUAGAAGUGUAAUCCACUACAUUGCAAGUCUAUGGAUCAGUUAAAAUGGCUUAAUUUAAGGAUACUAAUCUUGAUUUUAAUAGUUUGAGUAGUUUUGAUUUAUUUAGUUAGUUGGUCUAGAUGAUUCUCAAACUGUGGUAUGCGUACAGGGCUCUCUGCAGUUUGAACAUUUGUUUUAUUUUGAGUCUAAUCUAUUCAUGAGUUUAUCCUCUUUUGGGUUAAUCAUUAUUUAUAACUACAUUAUCCAUGGUUUUGGUCUAAGAUCUUAGACCUGAUUCUGUCUCAUUUUAGAUGAUUAUUUAGGCCUGAUAUAAUCCGGGCUUAGAUCUGGUCGUACUUGGAAAACCAAAUAUCAUUUUAAGUGGUACAUGGUGUGAAAUGUUUAAAAAACACUGGUCUAGACAUUUUGUAGAAGGCAUUUUAGAUUUAUUUUGUAAUUUCAAGCCUAAUCAGUAGAUCUAGAAUGGCAAUGGCAAAAACUGGUUGCACUGAAUUAGUGUAGUUUGGGGGUAAAUGCUUCAUGAGCCACAUGUAAAUCCAGAGGCCUAUAUUACAGCGUAAAACUUAAAAUGACAAAGCAGAAGUAAACCAUACACAGAAAUGAUGUGUUUUUUGUCCUCUACAGUAUAAGUGAUUGUACAAUGUUUAACUUAUGAGCUGAAUUUUUACUAAAACGUUGUCAUGUAAGUGGCUUAAAUGGUCUUCAGGGUUUUGAGAGACCCCCCUCCCAGACACAUGUUCCCACACCCACUUUAUAUGUCUCUAUUCUGUUGUCUCGUAGCGGUUGUUGUGCUGUUGAAAUCUCAAGGACCAACGAGGACCGAACUGAAAUACCUACUGUUGUAAAGGGCAACAGUGUUCGGUGAAAGACGUCGGCCAGGCGGUAUGACCUUCCUGCGCGCCAAUACCACGUACCUCCCCUCCCCUCUGUCCCUCCCCCUUCUAUCCUUACCCCCUCCUACUCCUGUUUCGUUCAAUUGUGUCCUGUUUGUGGAUGAGUGGGGGUGGUUGGUCUCAUCUGAACACACUGGCCUUGUGAGAAGAAAUAAAAAGAGGACACCCCUAUUCUACUGUCCCCCCCCCAAGGAGACAUGUUGGACCGUACCAAGUGCAGAGUGGGGGAGGGGGUAACUGUGAAUGAGAGGGGGGCAUGGGGAUAGCCAAAGGUCAAGCACGGCACAGACUAUCAGACCUAUUAUUGGGGUAAAUACCUUCAUUUCAGGGCCUUUAGCUGCGCUGGUUCCAGUUAAUUUUUCUAUUGGAAAUUGGACCUCUCAAAGCAGUGACAAUAUGACCUAUGCUAGCACAGCCCUGCCAUUCAAAAGAAUUCUAUAUACAGUUUAUGAUGUCUAAUUUUGCUAUAUUUAUCUAUGACAGAGAUCGGUCUCUCUUUAAUGUUGGUGUUGUUUGCAUCAUAUUUCAUUUUCUCUCUGUUCAUUUUAUAAAAUUGUCACUCGCCCUUUACCCUCUUACUGACAUUUAUUUUGUAAAAAAAAAAAAGCUAUAUAUUAAGAAUAUUGUAAUAUAGUUUUUAAAAGCUGAAAAGAAUAUCAGUUUUGUUGUCUAUUUCUUUUUUAAGAGAAUGUAUCAUCAUCUGGUGACUGUUAAAUAAAUCAAAUG